ACACCUGUCUCUCUUGACAUUUUCCUUCACUUCUCCACACUCCUUAACUCUUGCAGCAAACAUGCGCGUUUCAGCCGCACUCAGCAUCGCCGUGACACUCGGCAGCACAGCUGCUCAAGACACCAUCCUAGGUUUUAACUCCGGUGCCUCGGACGACAAGGGCAAUGCGAAGAACCAGCAGGACUUCGAGCGCGAGUUCAAGGCUGCGAAGAGCCUGAACGGUGCGCCCGGCGAGUUCAACACUAUCCGCCUGUACUCCAACAUCCAGUGGAACACUCCUAGUACACCCAUUGCUGCCUUCCCAGCUGCAAUUGCGACAAACACAAGCCUUCUUCUCGGUAUCUGGGCGUCUGGCACGGAUAACAUCGACAACGAGCUGAAUGCGCUGACGGCGGCUCUCGAUGAGCAUGGUUCGAAGUUGGCGGAUCUGGUAGUGGGCAUUUCGGUUGGUAGUGAGGAUCUGUACCGUGUGUCAGAGCCUGGUCUACGCAAUAACGCUGGUGUUGGCAACAACGCCGACACUAUCGUGCGCUUCAUCAAGGAUGCCAAAUCGCGCCUCGCCAACACAGCGCUCAAGGACAAGCCCUUUACCCAUGUCGAUACUUGGACCGCCUGGGUCAAUGGCUCGAACAAGGCCGUCAUCGACGAGAUUGACUUCCUCGCUGUCAAUGCCUUCCCCUUCUACGAGUCCGAGCGCGAUAAUCAGAUCAGCAACGCAGGGAGCCUGCUCAACAGUGCGUUGACUGCCACCGAGGGCGUCGCCGGCGGUAAGGACGUCUGGAUCACCGAGACCGGCUGGGCGUACACUGGACCUGCAUUUGGCGCUGCUGAUGCCACCGUCGACAACGCGGGCGAAUACUGGCAGGAGGUUGGUUGCAAGCUGUUCGGCAAGCGUAACGUCUUCUGGUAUACUCUUCGUGACGCCAACCCAGACAAUGAGGUCAAGUUCGCCAUUACCGACAACCUCAGCACCACUCCCCGCUACAACCUGACGUGCCCGGCAGAUAGCGAGGAGCUGCCAACACCUGCUCCUAUCAGCAGCAACUCGACCACCUCAACUGGCAAUGGCACCGGCAGCAGCAAUGAAACCAACAGCGACAGCACCGCCAGUGGUUCGGCCAGUGGCUCCGCUAGCCCCAGUGCUACUGGUGCUGCUCAGGGUACAGGUGCAGGGUCCUUGACUUCGGUAUCCAUGGUCAACUCCAUGGCUAUGGCGCUAUCAGUCAUCUUCGCCCUCGCAGCUUGGGCAUUGUAGAUGUCAGACGUGACCCUAACUAGCUUCUAGAUUCCCUUUUGUCAGUGUACAAGUAGGAUAGGGCGUUUGGUAUGUUCCAAGUAGUCAAAGGCUGCAGGUAGUCAAUUGAUUAAAAUGACGUUGUGUCGUCCACUUCACCGUUCAACUGCCUAAUGCAGGUGCGCGAAUGACUACGUGACAAAUGGGAACAAUAGCAGGAACGAUUGGGUUUGAUGAGAGAUGCUACGGCAGUGCAACAGAUUGAAAGCACAGUGAGGUGAGGUGAAGUGAGUGUUGAAGGUUAAGCGCAAGGUCUGAAAGGAA